GUGAAUAAAGACGCUGCGGCCCCCAUUUAAGCCCUCAAUCUUCCUAUCAAAAUCCAAUCAAUCCAGUAUUCCUUGUAAUCUUCGUAUUGGGAAUUCUUUGUACAAUCUGCAAAUGUCGCUUUCACCGGACCAUACAAAUCUUAGUCUUGGAGCAGUACCUCAGACAAAGGCAACAACAAAUUGGACAAUCAGUGUCUCAAAUAUAAAAACAGUUCAGGUCAGUAAUAUUUCUCUAGCUGCUUCUGAGAGGGAUAUCAAAGAAUUCUUUUCUUUCUCUGGUGAUAUUCAGUAUGUUGAAAUGCGAAGGGAGACUGAAAAUGCUCAGGUUGCUUAUGUUACCUUCAAGGAUACGCAAGGAGCAGAUACAGCAAUACUAUUGACUGGAGCCAAAAUAGUUGAUCUUUCUGUCAAUAUCACACCUGUUGAGGAUUAUCAGCUACCCCCUGAAGCUCUCCUAUCAAACAUGGAGAAAAAUCCAGUUGUUACCGAUUCUACUGUGAAAAAGGCUGAAGAUAUGGUAAGCACCAUGCUUGCCAAGGGCUUUGUCUUGGGAAAGGAUGCCAUAGCCCAGGCAAAAGCUUUUGAUGAACAGCAUCAAUUGACAUUGAAUGCCUCUGCUGCCGUAACUUCUUUCGAUCAGAAAGUGGGUCUGAGUGAAAAGCUAAGCAUCGGAACAGCUGUGGUAAACGAAAAGAUGAAAGAGAUGGACGAGCGAUACCAAGUAUCUGAAAAGACAAAGUUCGCCUUCUCUGUUGCCGAGCAGAAGGCAAGUAUUGCAGGAACUGCAAUCAUGAGCAACCGCUACGUAUCUACAGGAGCUUCAUGGCUUUCAAACGCAUUCAAUGCAGUUGCGAAGGCAGCGGAAGACGUAGGCGUGUUGACAAAGGAGAAGGUCGAAAAAGCCGAGGAAGAAAAAAACGAUUCUGUUUACAAGGAGAGAACAAGGAUCAUCAAUGAAUUUGCACAGCUCCAUCUUGAAGAAUCUUCCAUGGCGGAACCUUCAAUAGCUCCAGUUGAUUUAACAACUGAUAAGAAAGAUUAGAAUGAUAUGAAAUGAUUGCUUUUGAACUUUGAUUUUCCUUCAAUAUCUUACUGUUUCACUGUUGUACAAUAUACUGUUACAUGGGAUUGGAAUUCAUUGGAAUUUCUGCGAUAUAUAUAUAUAUAUAUAUUCUACUUAUGGGUGGGGAUGAUGGAGCUAAAGUUGUAAGAAGCUUGAGCUUGACAUUUGUAGUUCGAAAGUUGGCUUG